AUGUACUUGGUCACGGUUGUGGGCGGGGUGUGGUUUGUUGAACAGCCUGGUGGUUCCAGCCUGGAGUUCUACCCGUGCUUCCGGGACAUGCUUCGUGCGCAUUGGGAUGUGAGUGGCCCCUGUUCCGUCUUCCGGGUUUCCUGGUGGAUGGCCCACUAUGGAUCCACGACUCCGAAGAGACACUAUGGCUGGUGCAACUCGGAAAAAGUGCAGGGCCUCUGCCGGGGCCGACUGGACUUGAAGCAGUGGGCCAAAGCAAAUAAAGGGAUGCAGCCGAAAACCGUGAAAAGGGGCCACCGUGCUAGUGGCCAAGCUAGCUGGACUGGAACGAGUGCAUUGAAGCCUACUCAGACACCCGGCCCUCAUUAUUGCAUCCAUGGUCAUUUGUUCUUAGCAUGA